GCUGCCAUUUUGUCCGGCGGAGACUGAAGCAGCCGUUCACAGGCUUUCCUGCCGCGUCUCAGAACAACCCCACGUCGAGACGCUCCACGUUGCGGGACAGCGAUAGUCAAUAACGUGGACAGCGCGAAAAGAAAGCCAAGGCGAGCGACGAAGGACCAGCGGUUGUCAUUUUUUAUAACUUAACCUUUCGGCCGGUUCAACUCUUUUUCCAAGCUAAUGUCGGUAGCCUCUUUUUUUCGGCUAACACCCUCCGCCCCUCGCGCCCACUCCCCCCGACUGAGACAUCACCUGUCACCGCGUGCCCCCCUUUCCCCCCCCCUCCGUGUGAUUUUUACAAGUUCUAGCAAUGCCCUUGUCGGUUCUGCGUGACAUCUUUUGCCCGAAGAAGAAGUUGACUUGCACUUUUAGAAGCUAACGAGCUAACAAGUUGACGUGGAAGAAGGAGGAACUAAAAAAAGAUCUGCAGAGGGCGACUGUUUUUUUUUUUUUUUUUUCUUUUUUUGGAGGUGAUUUCACACGGAUUGUUCACGUUUCCCCCCCCCCUAAGGUGUCCAGCGUGAAACCAUAACAUCGUCCGUGCGACAUAGCGGUCAGUAAGCUAUGUUUAUUUAUGCCCACAAAGUUAUUUCCACUGGUGGCAAAUCCCACAGCGGGACUCUCUUUUGGCUGGAGGAUCGCAGCGGAAACAUGAGCUAACACAGACUAGCUUAGAAUAGUGUCGUAGGUUUAGAGAAAGCAGAACAUCACCAACACCACCCUUUCAAAAAAAAAAAAAAAAAAAAAAAACCUUUACCGUUGACUUAACAGCGAAGUCACGUUCAAGUAUCCCCCCGCCGCCGGGAGUCGACCCACUGAUAGGAUCGUUGUGCGCCUUUUUUUCUUUCUUUUUUUUUUUUUUGUUUGAGCUGAACCAGUGCAGAAAGGCACAGAAGCAAAGCCGAGGAGACGUCAUGUCUGGCCAAUCGAUCACCGACCGGAUCGCUGCAGCUCAGCACAGCAUGACCGGAUCGGCGAUCAGCAAGGCGGUGUGCAAGGCCACCACGCACGAAGUGAGCGGACCCAAGAAGAAACAUCUUGACUAUUUGAUCCACUGCACCAAUGAGAUGAACGUCAACAUUCCCCAGUUGGCGGACACGCUGUUCGAGCGCACGGCCAACUCCAGCUGGGUGGUGGUCUUUAAGGCCCUUAUCACCACGCACCACAUCAUGAUGUAUGGCAACGAGCGUUUCAUCCAGUACCUGGCCUCCAGAAACACCUUGUUUAACCUCACCAACUUCCUGGAUAAGGGAGCCCUGCAAGGUUACGACAUGUCGACCUUCAUUCGAAGAUACAGCCGUUACCUGAACGAGAAGGCCAUGUCCUACAGACUCGUGGCUGUGGACUUCACCAAGAUGAAGAGAGGGACCGACGGUGUGAUGCGGACCAUGAACACGGAAAAGCUGAUUAAGACGCUGCCUAUAAUUCAGAACCAACUGGACGCUCUGUUGGAUUUCCAGGCCAACCCAAACGAACUGACUAACGGCGUGAUCAACUCUGCCUUCAUGCUGCUCUUUAAAGACUCCAUCAGGCUGUUUGCCGCUUACAACGAAGGGGUCAUCAACCUUUGGAAAUACUUUGACAUGAAGAAGAACCAGUGUAAAGACGCUCUGGAUAUCUACAAGAAGUUUCUCUACCGGAUGACCAAGCUGUCAGAGUUCCUCAAAGUCGCUGAGGAAGUUGGAAUAGAUCAGGGUGACAUCCCCGAUCUCUCGCAGGCCCCUAGCAGCCUCCUGGAGGCCCUGGAGCAGCACCUGGCCUCCCUGGAGGGCAAGAAGACCAAGGAGCUGAAUGCAGACACCAGAGCGUCCACCCUGUCCAGCGCCGUCUCGUGUCUGGCCUCCACCGACAUGUCCUUCUCCCGUAUGGAUGAGAAGGAGAAGCAGCUGGCUCUGGAGGAGGAGCAGGCCAGACUACAAGCUCUUAAGGAUCAGCGUCUGAAAGAGAUCAGCUUGCAAACUCCGCCCUCUGCCUCCCCCAGCAACCAAUCGAUAGGCAGCGCUCACAACAACAACAACCACAUCGCGCCGACGCCGGAGUUUUUUGGCUCCACGCUCUCGACCAACAGUGUGCCCAACCUGAACAGCGACUUGUUUGAUCUCCAGCCAGCCUUCAUCCCCGCCGUGCAGUGCGCGCCUUCCAUCUCCUCUGCCAACAGUGCCUGGGGAGGACUGGAGAGCCAGCCACACAACGCCCCCGCCGCCAUGACUGUAGAUUUCGAUGCCGUGUUCGGGAAUAAGGCGGCGCCCGCUAACGACGGAACACAGCCAGCAGCCGGUUUUGACACCUUGGGAGAUCUGCUGAAGCCGACGGUUCCCGUACACGCAGCCCAUUCUCUCCCGCCUCAAGUGGUCUUCCAGUCUGGAGGAAAGCUGCUGGCCACUGACCUGGACUCCUCCCUGGCCAACCUUGUAGGCAAUCUACAGUUUGGUGGAACUCCAUCGAAGAAGUCGGAGAUGCAGUGGAACCAGCAGGGGGAGAAGAAACUGACGGGAGGGCAAAACUGGCAGAACAAGACCAUGUCUACCACCCAGUGGAGCCCGGCCCCCAUGGUCCCGCCACCCAUGCCUGUGCAACACGUGAACGGAAUGUUCUAUGCUAGUUAUGCUCCUGCUCCCGUGGCUUUCCCCAUGACGACACCGCAAGUGCCUGUGUAUGGAAUGGUCCCCCCCCAGAUGGGUCAGGUGGGCGGGGUACCAGUUAUGGCUCCUCAGCAGAUGAUGUACAACCAGCCUGUCCUCAGACCCACCAACCCCUUUGCAGCCAUGCCUGGCGCCCAGAUGCAGUUUAUGUGAUCACGUGACGGGCGGGGGGGGGGGGGGGGGGUGAGUCGUGUGCCAAAAGCGACAGACACAAAGAAGACGACACACACACACACACAAGAGGAACGAUUAUUUGAUUAAGCUAAAAGGACAAAGACUGAGACGCAACCGAUGCCCCCCCCCCGAAACAAGUUGAUGAGGCUGCUGUUGUCUGAAGUGUUUGUGUGUGUGUGAGUGUGUGCGCGUGCAAGGGUAGCUGCAUUGCUGGAUGUUUGAAGCUGCGAGAGACGAGAGUGCCAGAUUGGCAAUGAUACGGAGAAUGCAUGUGACUGAAGUGAGGGUCUCUGCUGCCACAUUAGCUUUAUUUCAUACUGGUGCUAUUUUGUCCCCUUUUGGCUACGUCUGCCUGCAACUGUGUGUGUGUGAGUGCGUGUGUGAGUUGAGCGUGCGCAGCUGCUUCAGACAAGCAUCCUCUUCUGAAACUGCUCCCUCAUGCCCAUUUGUGAUUGUGGUCUUUUUUUUUUUUCCUUCAUAUUCAAGCCACCCUCCCAGACACAAACCCCGAGUUGUGUUAGCAUGCUAGCAUGGCGGGCAAUCGAAUCCAUCUUCAUGCGUGCCUGAGCAAUUUUAAGAAAUUCCCUCAUCGAUGAUUUAACAAGAUAGGAAUCAGUACGAAACUUUUGGAAGCUCUCUAAAGGCUCUUGUAGUCCGCUAAAUUGUCCGACAAGUGACAGCGCGCUAGUAGGACAUCAAAUAAAUGUUGAAAUGAC